CCGCGCCACCGCUGCCUGUCUCUCGCCGCGGCGCCCAUAGCUUGUCCCCGGUUUGUUCAAGGUACACACAGACAAUAUGCCUGCAGAGCGUGCUGGUUACACGGUGACGAUGUUCCUCAUCGACGUCGCGCCAACCAUGGGCAGGAUGAGACAGGUCGAGGUUGCCGGAACGAAGCCCGGAGAGUCAAAAAUUGUAGAGAUGACCAAUCUGGAGUGGUCUCUGCAGUUCGUUAUGCUCAAGAUCCAGGAGAUGAUCUAUCAUGGCAGGAAGACGGACCAAUGUGGAGUGAUAUUGUUUGGAUCUGAAGAGACAGAUAACAUCAUCAACGAAGAAAGCGGCGGCUAUGAGAAUGUCAAACAAUACAUCCCUAUCGGAACACCAAGUGCAAGCACGCUUGCCAAACUACAGGCGCUGGAGCCGUCAACUACUCAUGGGGACCCCGUCGACGCUCUCAUAGUAGGUGUCGAGACGCAGGACAGACACCUAGAAAAGAAGAAGACAUGGACGAGAAAGGUCGUUCUCCUGACGGACGCCGAGAAUCCCAUCGAGCUUGAGGACUGGGAAGCGACUGUCGAGAAGAUGAACACAUUGAACGUUGGCCUGACCGUUAUCGGCAUCGACUUCGACGACGAAGAGCUCCCGUUCCACGAGGAGAACAAGACACACAUCAAGCGGACCAACGAGGAGUUCUACCAUAACCUCGUCAGUAGCCUUCAUCGCGGUAUCGUCGGCAACUGCGACUUUGCCCUGCGCGAAAUCAGUCGACCCGACGUGAAGGAGACCCGCUCAGUGAUGCAGGGCACGAUACUGCGCCUGGGCGACGUCGACGCGCGUCCGGAAGAGGCGGUCGAGAUACUCUGCAAGACGAGCAAAGCAACCGCCGUUCAGCGACCCAAGAGCUGGAAGAAGUUUGCGCGACGUGAGAAAAACAAAGACGAGCAGGAGGGCAAAGACGCGAUGCAGGUCGACGAAGACAAAACCGUCUUCGCGCAGCUGCGUGUGCGCACGGAGUACUACAUCGAUAAUGACACCGCACGGAAGGCCGAUGAUGAAGGCUCAGAUGCGGGCGCUGACGAGACAGACGGCGAGGACGGUGGAGAAGAGGAGCUUGUGCGCGGCUUCAGGUAUGGCUCGUCGUAUGCCCCGUGUCCCGACGGGCUAUUCCCGCGGCUCGCGACGCGCAAAGGUAUCGACAUCUGCGGCUUCUUUCAGUCGAAGAACUUCCGGAGAGAGUAUGCAAUGAGCGAGGUCACAUAUGUCUGGGCGGACCCGGCGCAUCCCCUCCAGCAGGUCGCGCUGAGUGCGCUCGUUCAGGCGAUGUUUGAGAAGGGAUCGAUGGCGAUCGCGCGGUGGGUCAACAGGGAUGGGUCGGAGCCGAAGAUGGGUGUGCUACACCCGAUCAUGUUUGAGCGAGUGGAUUGUUUGUUGUUUGUACAGGUGCCUUUCGCCGACGAUGUGCGCAACUUCCCUUUCCCCUCUCUCGAACAUCUCGUGUCAAAGAAGGGCGAACCCAUUACCACGCACCCAUACCUACCGACGGAGGAACAGAUGGAAGCAAUGGAGCACUUCGUCGAUGCGAUGGACCUGAUGGAAGUUGGCGAGAAGAAUGAGGAAGGUAAACGGAUGGCUUGGUUCGACACCCGCCUCUCCUACAACCCUGCCAUACAUCGUGUGAAGCAAGCACAGUUCCACGCAGCCGUUGUGACCGAUCUCAACACCAACCCGUUGCCACCCCCGCAUCCGGAACUUACAAAGUAUUUCGAACCCCCGAAGCGUGUUCUCAAGCGAUCGCUGGAUGCCGUUGAGGACUGCAAGGACCGCUUCAAGGUUAGGGAAGUGCCGAAGAAGGUCGCUCGAACACGAAAGGACGGUCAUGUCCGCGCACGCGACGAAGACGAUGACACUCUUCUGCUUGACAAGGCGGCCAGGCGCACCAAGUCUUCGACACAGCUCGGGGCUGCCAGCCAGCACAGUCAAAGCCAGAGUCAAAUCCUCCGCGCACAAUCUUCUCAACAAGCAAAGAAGGUAGCAGAUGACUCAGAAACAGAGAGCGAGACGGAGCCUGAGGAAGAUGAGGAACUUCUGCUUGAUAAGAAACCGACGAACAGGGGUGCUUUACCCACGCCCGCUCCGGAAGAGCCUGAUCGAGGACAAGCACACGGACGAAUCGUGGGUUCGACAUAUCCGUUGGAAGACUUCAAGGCAAACAUUGCCAGAGGCGACGUGGUUACGAAAGCCGUGGAAGAUCUCGGUGCAGUUAUUCGGGAGAUCGUCUUGCGUCCUUUCGCGUCAAGACGAGCGGAGGAGAUGAUUCAGUGCAUGCGUGAGCUAAGGCAAGUAUGUUUGGAGGAAGAUGAGAUCGAUGCAUGGAACGCGUUUCUGCGAGCCCUGCAUGAAGCAUGCUUAGAUGGCAAGCCCGGUAACAACGACUUUUGGUCUCGCGUCAAAGAUGAAGGGCGGACACUGAGCCUCAUCAGCGACACUGAAGCGAGCGAGCUGGGAGGCAAGUCGGAUGUGUCUGAGUCCAAGGCUGCUGAGUUGAAUGCUGUCGCCGUACGUAUACACAGUGACGUAGCAAACGUUAGCAUGGGCAAGAUUGACUGA